AUGGCUCCCAAAUCUGUUGCCUCUCAGGCUCCUGCUGCCGCUGACCAUGGUCCGGACAGCGAGCGACAACCUUUGCUGGCGUCCUCCUCAGCAGCAGCGGCUGCUGACUACGACGCCAUCCCUCGCGAAGCAGCAGCGCCACCAGCACAGCGCACAAGGCGGUCACCCUAUCUCACGCUCUUCCUCCGCUUCUAUUUCGCGGUGGGCGCGCUCCUCUUGCUGCCCGUCACCAUCUUGCUCCUUCUGCUCGUCAUCAACUUCUUCGAGCCGAUUCCCUUGCUUUUACCCCCUCACCGAUCGCCUGCCGUCUUGCCUUUCUGGUUCUGCAUCAUCUCCAUGUCCAUGCUUGGCCCUGGAUUGAUCUUCUUCGAGCUCGCCUCCCAUGCCACCAACUUCUUCCACCUCUUCGUCCUUUGCUGCACCAUCGGCGACGUCGUGCUUCUUCUCGCCGUUCCAGAGUUUCGCAUGACUCAUUCCUAUCUCGGAUUUGCUUCCGCCGGACUCUGCCUGCUAUCCACGCUGUGGGCCUUCUUCUCGUCCCAUCACCUCCAAAAGCAGAAAAUCCCCUUCACCCUCAACCCAGACGUCGGCGCUCCCAUCGUAACGGAGAUUCCAUUGGCACGAGCUCAGGCAAAGUGGAGGAGACGAUUCAAAAUCUUCCUCGCCCUCUUUGGGUGCCUUGCUAUCGCCUCGAUCUCGGCGCUGGUCACCUUUGACUUGGUCCUCGACGCAGCUGACUCGGGCUUCAAGCCUCUCGGCAACCUUACCCUGGUGCAUCCCACCUCGCUCACCAAGCAGCCCGUAUACCCUCAGGACCCUGCCGACGUCAACCCAUAUCCAGUCUCUUUCCGACUUCACCUUGCUUGCGAGUCAGCACCGGCUCAGCCCGAGUCCCUCAAAUCUCGCAACACAUCCGACAAUGUUCCCACUGCCCUUGUCAUGUCCGAGCGAGGCGUGUCGGGUGUCAUUGCUGCCCAGUUCCUCCGUGAGAUGGUAGCCAGGUCUGUGCCUGGGCCGGACCAAGGCGAUGACGGGCACCUCGCCCUCACGCGCGUCUGUUUCUGGGAUCGCAUCGGCUACGGACACUCCGACUUUGUCUACCAGCCGACCUCGGUACGUCUGCAAACAGAAGCACUCUACCACGCUCUUCAAAAGCACGACCAGGUGGAUCUCAACACUAGCCUCACUGAGAGCAAGAGCAAGAAGGACAAGAAGGGUGACGGCGAGAAACUCGGCAAGUUCAUGCUCGUAUCCACAGGGUACGGACACCUUUUUGCUCAGGACUUUGCCGUCCAGCAUCCAGAGCUCGUGCACUCGUUCCUCACCAUCGACGCUGAGACCCCGGCGUCUUGGUACAGUGACAAGGUGACGCCAGGUACAGGUGCGCGCGCAGGCUACCUUGCUCGCCGACAUGGCCCCGUUGGAUCGCUCUUCUACGACCUUCUCCCUGCCAUCCUCGAGCCCACGGGCGUGACACGCAUCAUCGGCCUGCUCAAGGGCAAGUCCGUUGUCGACCGCAUUCUCGCCCCGGGCCAACGAGCACGAGCAGCCCGUGAGCACGAUCUGGGGGGCGGAGGCUGGCGCAUCUACGGCGCUGGCGGCGGCAACCCGCGCCUGCUCAUGUCGUCCUGGCUCGAACGACUCGAUGCCAAUCUCGGCACUGCCAGCCCCAACUACGCCCGCCUGCGCAACUCGACUUCCGACUACCGUUCCCUGUUGUCCAAGCGACCCGUCGCCGUGCUCUCGUCCUUCUGGAGGGUGCACGCUGACCUCAAUGGCUGGGGUCAGGAGCAGCGCGAAACCCUCGUGGCGCCCGCCAAGAACGCUUCGACGCUCAUCGGAUGGUGGCGCAUCGGCGACCGAAACAAGAGGACCGGUGGCGGCGAUGCCGGCGGUCCCGCCGGCAUCUGCUCGACCAAGAUGGGCGUCAUCUUCUGCGAAGAGGCCGUGAGGAAGCUCAUCGCCGCGGGUCAGAUGUGGAAUUCGACCGCUGCGUCGCCCUGA